AUGCCAAUGAAACCCAAGUUCCCACGCAAGGUUCCCACUUCUACUCGGAAUGGGUCCAAGCAGGAGGACGGCGUAGGUUGUGCCUAUGUCUACUACCAGGACGGACAACGUCGACAAGAAUGGAAGGGUCGCCUACAACUACAGAACAGCGUUUUCCAGGCUGAGGUUCUUGCUAUCACGGCAGCAACUCAACACAUCAUCCAUCAAGACAUCACGCAUGCAACCCUCCACACGAACAGCUUCUCAACACUGCAGGCACUACUAAACCAUCAGCACACUUUACCUCUAAUUAUCUCACUACAGCAUCUUCUACAACGGCAUGCACACAUUAACUUGCUACUGAAAUGGAUAAAGGCCCACGCGGACAACGAGGGCAAUGAGGCUGCGGAUCGCUUAGCCAAGCAAGCGGUCACAGACUCAGACGCCCAAUUCAACAGCCUUCCAGCACCACCCUCACAUCUGAAAAGUAUUCUAAGAAAACAGUGUCUUCAGCUAUGGCAGAGAGAGUGGAACCUCAGCCCCACAGGAAGACGCACCUUUGACUUUAUACCCAAAGUCAGCACAGAAAGGCACUUCGCCAUUGCACCCCUUACACAAUUCAUAACAGGUCAUGGCCCAUUUCCCAGCUACUUCUUUCCAACGCAAAACAUAUCUCUAACUGACCAAUGCGUCUGCGGAGGUCACGGCACCCCGGAUCACUACCUCUAUGAAUGUGAAUUGACAACUGCUCAUCAUCUCCCCAGCCAAACCUCCAAUAGAGAAGCUAUUAAUAGAUUUAUUAUUACACAUAAGCCUGCAAUAUCCAAAAUUUGUCAAAUUGUCAGCAUCACUAGGGCGAUGGGUCAGGACAUCUGCUCUCCUCACUGA